AUGGUCCAUCUUGUAACCACUCUACUGAUUCUCUUGUUCAUCUCAUCGGCCUACGCCCAAGCACCGCCACCACAACCACCAUUGGCAGGCCCAGCCCAAGAAUACUUAGAUGCACACAACCAAGCCAGGGCCCAAGUUGGGGUGGGCCCACUCAAGUGGAGCCCAAAUCUAGAAAACGCGACGGCCCGUUUAGCGAUGUACCAGAGGAUCAAGUUCAACUGCCAAUUUGCGGACCUUAACAAGAGCAAGAUCAAGUACGGGGCGAAUCAGCUGUGGGCCCAAGGUUCUUCGGUGGGCCCCAAAACAGCGGUGGACGCGUGGGUGGCGGAGAAGAAAUACUAUAACCACGAGAAGAACUCGUGCGAAGAAAACCGACAGUGUGGGGUGUACACGCAAGUGGUGUGGCGGAAGUCUGUGGAGUUGGGGUGCUCACAGACUAGUUGUGUUAAAAAUGGGACGAGUUUGAUUUUUUUGCAAAAUCUUAGAGUAGAACAUUGGGAUGCAGCUCUGGAGGUUGUGAGAUAUUUGAAGAAAAAUCUGUUUCGUAGAAAAUCAAGAAACAACAUAGGAUUUCACGUUCCUCAGCAAAAGCUGAAUAUCAUAUUGAUCGAUGGCAGUGAUGACUUGUGA